AUGAUUACAAUCUUAUUACUCUACAAUGAUAAGGGAUUCAUUAUAAAAUUAUUGGCAUCUGUUUAAGCAAGAAACUUGAAUCUAGAUGGACUUCUGGCAAAUGAAGUGCAUCUUGGCUCUAUUGAUUAGUUUCCUAAAUUUUCAAAUUAAUUGCUUUUUAUUUAUGGCCGUGAUUUCCUAAUACUUUCAAACCAAGGAUGCUAUAGCAAGUAUUAGUAUUAAUAAUAUUUACUUUCAAACAUUAACUUAGAGAAGCUCUACUAAUUGGAUGAGAUUAUAGCAUCCACGAUAGAAGAUGUAAUGCUUUCUCACUGA